AUGUAUGAUUUUGAUAUAGGUUCUUUUAUUGUUGAGAUGUCUGGACUAGGAGGAAAUAGUCCUGGACCUUUUAAUAAUCCAGGUAAUGGUGGGUUUAAUAACGGAAAUCAACCUCCUCAUUUUAAUAAUAAUAAUACUUUAACAACUCUUGGUAAUAAUAAUAAUAAUGAUCGUAGUGAUUUAGAAGAUCUUUUUAGUAAUGAUUUUGGUAUUACUAUUUUAGAUGAGUAUACUAAUACUUUAUGUGAUAAAUUUACUGAAAAUUAUCUUGUAGGAACUCAAACUGAAUUACUUACUUAUGAUAUUGAUGUAAUAGCUAGAGAUGUACCGUAUUUUAAACAUUAUUUUAUAUUAAAACAAAGAGAAUUACCACAUUUAUCUUUAAGUUGA